AUGGCACCUCUCCCAGCUGGAGUCGCAAAGUCCCUCGAGGAGACCAAGGUUGAAUACAAGCGCCUUGGAGAUAGCGGACUCCGUGUAUCUGUUCCUAUUGUUGGAUGCAUGAGCAUUGGAAACCCGGAAUGGGCUGACUGGGUUAUUGGGCCAGAAAAGGCACUCCCACUGUUGAAGGCGGCUUAUGACCGGGGAAUCAAUACUUGGGAUACAGCCAACAUUUACUCCAAUGGCGAUUCCGAGAAAGUCAUUGCCCAAGCGAUCAAGGAAUAUAACAUCCCGCGACAGAAGUUGGUGCUAAUGUCCAAGGCAUUCAGCUGCGUGGGAGAGCAGCAGUUCCAUGCUUACCCCAUUCUUGAUGAACUGCGGCAAACCAAGGACUAUGUGAACCAGUUUGGUCUCUCGCGGUCCGCAAUCUUUACCGCGGUGAAUGACUCCCUCAAGCGUCUAGAAACGGACUACCUGGACGUGUUCUGGAUCCAUCGUUUUGACGAAUACACGCCAAUUGAAGAGACCAUGCAUGCUCUUCACGACCUAGUCACUGCCGGAAAGAUCCGAUACCUCGGAGCUUCGUCGAUGUGGACGUACCAGUUCGCCAUGAUGCAGGCUUACGCAGACAAAAAGGGAUUGACGAAGUUCAUUGCAAUGCAAAAUCGUUAUAAUCUGCUGUAUCGCGAAGAGGAACGCGAGAUGAUCAAGUACUGCAACGCAACGGGCGUUGCUGUUGUGCCAUGGGGUCCCCUUGCAGAAGGACAGCUUGCUCGUCCCCUGAACGUACGAGGAACGACAACUCGGUCUGCCGGUGGCGAUGAAAGCCCUUCUCCCAUGCGGCCUGAAUCCGCAGAGAUUAUCAACAGAGUCGAGGAGCUGGCGAAGCGCAAGGGCUGGACUAUGUCGCAAGUUACCCUGGCCUGGACGCUGAAGCGAGUAACGAGUCCCAUCAUUGGCUUCAGUAGCGUGGAGAGAAUCGAGGAUGCUAUAUCUGCACGCGGUAAAGUGCUGACACCCGAGGAAGAAAAAUAUUUGGAGGAAGUGUACACACCAGUGGAAGUUGUGGGCCAUUCCUAA